AUGAUCACAAGAAACAGGUGUCGGAGAUUUCUGUUAUGGUUUCUGGUGGUUCACGACGGAGCUACAGCCACCGGAGAUCCCUCCGGCGAGAAAACUCUCUCUCAGACUCCCACUUGGGCCGUCGCUGUCGUCUGCACCUUUCUCAUCCUCAUCUCUCAUCUCCUCGAAAAGGGUCUUCAAAGACUCGCCAAUUGGUUAUGGAAGAAGCAUAAAAACUCUCUCCUUGAAGCGCUAGAGAAAGUAAAAGCUGAGCUGAUGAUUCUUGGAUUCAUUUCCUUAUUACUUACCUUUGGAGAAACAUACAUUCUCAAGAUCUGCGUUCCUUCAAAAGCUGCUCUCUCUAUGUUACCUUGUCCAUUUGAAAACGCAAGCACUCUCGCUCCAUCUCUUAGCAGACAUCUUUUGGCGGCUGAUGAUUUUCAUGUGAAUUGCAAAAAUGGAUCUGAGCCACUCAUAACUCUGAAAGGCUUGCACCAACUUCACAUCUUGUUGUUCUUCUUGGCAAUCUUCCAUAUUCUUUAUAGUUUAGUCACCAUGAUGCUUAGCAGGCUCAAGAUUCGUGGAUGGAAAAAGUGGGAGCAAGAGACAUUAUCUCAUGAUUACGAGUUUUCUAUCGAUCAAUUAAGGCUUAGGCUCACUCAUGAGACUUCUUUUGUGAGAGAACAUAUAAGUGUCUGGACAAAAUUACCGUUCUUCUUUUACGUCGAAUGCUUCUUAAGGCAGUUCUUUGUAUCCGUGGGAAGAACAGAUUACUUGACUCUGCGCCAUGGAUUCAUCUCUGCCCAUUUAGCCCCGGGAAGACAGUUCAACUUCCAGAGAUAUAUCAAUAAAUCUCUUGAGGAUGAUUUCAAGUUAAUAGUUGGUAUAAGUCCAGUUCUUUGGGCAUCGUUUGUGAUCUUCUUGCUGUUCAAUGUUAAUGGAUGGAGAACAUUGUUUUGGGCAUCCAUACCUCCUGUGCUCAUAAUAUUAGCUGUUGGAACAAAGCUUCAAGCAAUUCUGGCAACAAUGGCGUUAGAAAUCACAGAGACACAUGCAAUCAUUCAGGGGAUGCCUUUAGUGCACGGUUCAGAUCGAUACUUUUGUCUAGGAGCCUUGAUCUUAUGCAGCUACAUCACUCUCCCGUUAUACGCACUCGUGACUCAGAUGGGUUCACACAUGAAGAAAGCAGUGUUUGCUGAGCAAAUGGCAAAGGCAUUGAAGAAAUGGCAGAAAGACAUUAAAACGAAGAAAGGCAAAGCGAGGAAGCUCCAAAGCACAAGACUUGGUGGUUCGGGGAGUUUCAGCAUUUCCUCCUCUUCCUAUGCAACCACUCUACACCGUUCCAAGACCACUGGCCACUCUUCUAACACCAUAUACUACAAACAAGAAGAGCAAGAAGAAGAAGAAGAAGAAGACGAGAUGUCUGAUCUUGAGGCUGGAGCAGAGGACUGA